UGAGUGUGUGUGAGCUGAUAGCCAAUCGUGGAGCAGGAGGCGGGAGUUCUCUCUAAAUAUCGCCUGGGUAAAAUCAUAAUCCGUCCGUGACAACACUUCUCACACUUUCAGCCAGAAUUUCCUCUCUGAGCAGCGCGAGACAUGGCGUACCCUUAUGGCUAUGGUGGUCAGAUGCCAGGAGGCCCAAUGGGUGGCCCUCCCCCAGGAUCUUUCCCAGCCCAGUAUGGCAGUUAUCCUGGCACCUUUGGGGCACCUCCUGCCCAAGACCCCAUGUGGGGUUACUUCACUGCCAUAGCCGGCCAGGAUGGUGAGGUGGAUGCUGAGGAGCUCCAGAGGUGUUUAACACAGACUGGCAUCAGUGGCACAUAUGCUCCCUUCAGUUUGGAGACAUGCAGGAUUAUGAUUGCCAUGCUGGAUAGAGAUUAUUCAGGUAAGAUGGGCUUCAAUGAGUUUAAGGAGCUGUUUUCUGUGCUAAAUGGCUGGAAGCAGAACUUCAUUAUGGUGGACCGAGACAACAGUGGCAGUGUGGAGCCUCACGAGUUGUCUCAGAGCAUUACAAAUAUGGGGUACAGAGUGAGCCCUCAGGCUUUAGGGUGCAUCAUUAAACGCUUUAGUCGAGGAGGCAGGAUCUAUUUUGAUGACUAUGUGGCUUGCUGUGUGAAACUCAGGGCUCUAACAGAGAAUUUCCGGAUGAGGGAUGUUAUGCAACAAGGAGCUGUGAACUUUCGUUAUGAUGAUUUCCUUCUGUGCACCAUGUCUAUCUGAAGAAGAUUGGACAGACAGUUUAAUUUCUGGAGGAAUAGAAGUAUAAUAAUGUAUAUACAGCCUAUAAUAUAUGUAGAUUGGGCUAGUAUAAAAUAUCUAUAAAUAUUUACUAAAAUGUGCCAGUUUUUUAUGCAUUAGGAGAUUCAGUGAAAAGCAUUUUAUGAUGUAAAGCCAAUAACUGGUAGCUUCUUUAUAUAGAAAGACAGAUCACAUCAACAUGCUUUUUUUAUUAUUAUUUUGUGCCAACAUAAUAUUCAUAUAACUUGUAAACCAUUUUUGUCACCAAAAAUCACUACUAUGUAGAUUUUGUUAAUAAAUUUCCAUUUUAAA